GAUCUCUUUCUUUUUCAGCUUUAUUAUGGUCUCCCUCUGUCUCACGCAUAAACACAAUACAUUGAGACCCUGCUCUAAUUCAACCUUCUCACUGACCAUGUCGCGUUGAAACAUGGAUUCUCAAAGCGUCCCUUCACUCUCUGGUGGUCGUGGAUUGGGGAAGAAGGAAUGGACGGCGGUGAUGCAUGGAGAGAAGAUCAGUAAGCUCAAGGAAGAAUCUUGUCCGUUGAUCAAGCCUGUUUUUACUAUAACUCAGUUACAGGAGUUUCAGCAGCAAACUCUAAUCCACAGGCAUAUAGCAGCUGGUCUUCCUGUUCCUCUCCAUCUUGUGAUACCCAUUUGGGAGAGCGUUGCGUAUUCACUUGGGACUUCUGAUUUUGUUAGAGGGUUUAGUUCACAGGGGUUUGACUAUAGACACAUGAUGGAGCCUGAGCCAAUGAGGUGUAGAAGAACUGAUGGGAAGAAGUGGAGAUGUAGUAAGAAAGUAGUUGCUGGUGAGAAAUACUGUGAGCGGCACAUGCACAGAGGCCGUCAACGUUCAAGAAAGCUUGUGGAAGCAUCAUCAGGAAUUGCUUCUCCUUCAAAUCCCACAACCACAAGACCGGAAAAAUCGAAAACCGAAUCGGUACAAAAUCCGAGCUCAAACCUUUUGGGGCUUCAACUUAUGACCCCAUCCACUGAUGUUACUAAUGUCAGCCAUGGUGGUACCACUAUCACUAGUAACCUUAGUAAGAAACGAGUUACUUAUGUCACUUCACCAUAUAUAGCCACAAACAUUACUCGUGGAAGUGGAGUCAUCACUUCUGUGAUGGCGACAAACAACUCCAACCCUGUUUUGUCAAGCACUAAGAGUAACCAGAAUGUUGGGAACCACAUGAAUGAGAUGUAUUUUGGUAAUACUAGUACUAUUAAAGGAAGCAGCAAUAACAACAAGAAUAUUAGUGUUGGCAGAACUAUGUCGCCAGGAUUAGGCUUCUCUCCAAAAAGUGUUCUUCAAGUUGUUCGUCGCAAUGACUUGUGCAUCGACAAGAGAAAUGGCACAGAGCUUGAACUGGGGAGGUGUAGGAGAACUGACGGGAAGAAGUGGAGGUGCCGCAGGGAUGUAAUCCCUGAUCAGAAAUAUUGUGCCUGCCAUAUGCACAGAGGUGCCAAGAAGCUUGCAAAACCCUUUGAACCAACCGCUUCAUCUGCCGUUACAAACACUGCUCCGCUUCCUCCAGCCACAGCCACAUCCUGCAGGACUGAUCGCACAAGCCCGAACACAAAUCUCUCGAUCUCCAUCCCAGUAAGUCCCUAUCCCAUUAGCAACGAUGAGAAAAGUGAUUCUGGCAAUAGCAGUGAUACAACCAUCUCUGAUACUAGCAUCAGUGCUUAUGCCAUAAGUAAGGUGCCCUCCUGAGAUGACCACCAAGAAGAUUAUCCUAUCAAACUUGUUGGCACUAUUUUAUGAGUUUUUGGUGGAAUUGCUGUUUAGAUACAAUGUAAAAGGGGGUUCCCGUAUUUUUCUAUUUAGCCUUUUCAGGCGGCGUUUAAUAUAAGCAAAGAAGAUAGGAGAAAAAGUCAAUUUGUACUAGCAUAUGUAGAAUCCAACUGAUCCUAAAUUUUGUACACAGCUGACAUUAAAAAGCCUGCUAUAUAGCUACUAGUGUU